AUGACGAAAGAAAAUUCGGAAAAGAAAAAAGAAAAGUUGGUACCACCUGAUGGGGGUUGGGGAUGGAUCGUAGUACUCGGUGUCGGUCUCGUGAACUUUUCCACGAGGUCUUUGGAACCUUCUUUCGGACUCCUUUUCGGAAGUCUUCUUCAAGAACUGUCUAUAGCCACGACUGGAGCCGGUAUAAUAUUCAGCACGUAUGAAGCCAUUGUUAAUUUCAGCGGGAUUUUCGUCGGACCUUUGAUUAAAUCAUAUUCGUAUCGUAAAAUUGCUUUCCUCGGUUCCAUUCUCACAUCUUUGGGUUUGAUAUCGACAUUUCCAGCCUAUUCCAUGGCUCACAUACUCAUAACGUAUAGCAUAGUCGUAGGUUUGGGUGUUGGAUUUUCAUCGUCUGCAACUUUUGUUUCCAUUAAUUAUUACUUCAAAGAAAAACGAGGUCAAGCCGUGGGCAUAGCAAUGACGGGAACCGGAUUGGGACUUCUUCUGAUGCCUCAAGCCAUAAGAUAUUUAACGGAAGAAUACGAUUUCGCAGGUUCGAUACUCAUAAUUGGUGCUUUUGCACUUAACGCAUGCGUCGGUUCUGCCGUUCUUCAACCUUACAAAUGGCAUUUGAAAAAGAUUGAAGAUGAUGAAGAAGCAGAAGAAAUUCUAAACAACGAAGAAGGAAAAAAAAUUCCAUUGAGUAGACAAAAUUCAGAAACGAAAUCUCAAUCGGGAUUUUCAACGUAUCCGCCGCAAAUAACGAUUGAAAACACGAUCGAAGAAGAAGAACAAGAUGAUUUCGAACAUGGCGACGACGACGACGACACAAACAACAAAUACGUGAGCAACGCACAAAUAAGCGUUUUAUCCGUGGAAUCCCAAGAAACAAAACCAACGGAUGAUAAUAAAAUUCCAACGAGACGAGUAUCGGAAUUUCGUCCGAGAUUUUAUUUGCCAAAACCCUACAGAAAAUUUUCACUCACCGAUAAAGAGUCGAAUCGUGAUUCCCUUUUAGAAGAACAAUCAUCUUACUUCAUACAGAAACCAUUAAAUAAAUCAUCGACAGAAGUUAAAUUCGAUAGGUAUUUCGAUGAAAACAUCGGAGGAGUGGGUGGAAGAUCGCAUCACAGACGGCAUUGGUACGAAAGUCCAGGUAUGAGGUACAAUACGUCAUCCGUGAGCAUGAACAAGAGCAAUCAAGAUUUUAAUAAUCAUUUACAAAUUCCAUCGAACGGAACGACAACGAUGAUGAGAAAAAGAAAAAUUUCAACCAUAUCCAAUUUAUCGAGUUUAGAUUACAGUGGGAGUUAUUUAUAUCUUCACGCUAUCGAAAACGAAUUGAAAGACGAGGGUGUUUAUUUUGAUAAGACAAAAGAAACCGAUCAAGAAUCCGUGGGAAAAAAUAAAAAUGAGAAAAAAACAACAUUUUGGCAAAAAUUUUCCGCAUUCAUGGAUUUCGAUUUGCUCAAAGAUCCCAUUUAUCUUAAUUUAUUAUUUGGCGUGUCGAUUUUUUACGUCGCCGAAUCCAAUUUUAAAAUGAUCGUACCUUUUUUCCUCGCGGAUUUGGGUCACACAAAAUCCGAAAUGGCUUUUUGUUUAUCCAUGAUGGCGGCGAGCGACAUUGCCGCGAGAUUAAUAUUGCCUCCGAUAUGUGACAAACUUAAAAUUUCAAGAAGGACGUCCUUUUUAAUUGCCGCCAUUUGUUGCGGUUUAUCAAGAUCAGCAUUGGCAGAAACUCACGAAUGGAUCAAACUUGAAACUAUAUUAAUUAUAAGUGGAUUUUUCAGAGGAGCCACAUUAAUUAAUUUCAUGUUGGUUAUACCUGAAUAUUGCGACAACAAAUUAAACAAACUUCCAGCGGCAUUAGGUAUUCACAUGGUCGCAAAGGGUAUUUUUCUAAUAACAAUCGGUCCUUUAAUAGGAUUGGUGAGGGAUUUAACAAACAGUUACCCUCUUUGCAUUCACGUACAAAAUGUACUUAUACUUUUAUGUGCCAUCGCUUGGAUUAUAGAAUAUAUGAUAAUAAGUAGAAAACAUAAAGAUUUGGAACAAAAUGUCACAUGA